GCAGCCGUCGCGUGAAGUCCCUGCCGCCUCCCCCCUCCCUCUCGCCGCGCAGAGCCCAAAUCGCCGCGGAUACCUCGGCCUCAAGGCAGCCGCUGCGGCGCCGCGGUUCGCGCUCCGCCUAGGACCCGCCUCCUCCUCCUCCUCCUCCUCCGCGGCGACCCAUGGCUUUCCUCGCCCCCGCCAUCUCCGGCGAGGUGGGUUUGCGGCUCUUAUUGGCUCCGCUAAGCUCUAAUGUAGUCAUCCGUACAGCCAGUUGUGCCGUGGGGAUUGGUCUACCUGUAUACUCCACUUUCAGAGCUAUAGAGAAGAAGGAUGAAAAGGAGAAAGAGCGGUUGCUCUUGUAUUGGGCAGUGUAUGGAUCCUUUAGCAUUGCUGAAGUCUUUGCAGAUAAGCUUCUUUCAAGUGUUCCUCUCUAUUAUCAUGUGAAGUUUGCUAUCCUUGUGUGGCUCCAGUUCCCUUCAAACGGGGGAUCCAAGCAUGUGUACAAUAAAUACCUACGUCCAUUUUUCCUGAAACAUCAAGCAAAAAUUGAUAGAUUUCUGAAUAUUCUGUCAAAGGAACUUACGAAGUUUGUCAGCAGCCAUGAAGAUGAAAUUCGUUUUAUAGAGAACAUGGCCAUCAGAGGUGCUACCACAGCAAACAACAUCGUAAAUGGCCUUGACCAACCUGAUGAACCGCAAGCAAUUAAUGCAAUUGAAGGUCCGAAUCCAACUCCAACGGAAGAAGCUGGUGGGUUGGGAUCUGAGACUUGAGCUGAACUUGCUGUCACUGCUCAAUUUCUCUGGCGAAGCAAAUGGCAUAUUGUUGGAUGUGCUACAGAAGUGUCCAUUCAGGUCAUCCAGCUUGUUUGGAUUGUGAAUACGACCAUUCCUGAAAGGCUAGACCUAGAAACUAUGUUUUUAGUUUUAGUUAGAUAAGUAUAAUCUAUAGCCACUUAAAUGGGUGUUGGACAAAUAUGCAGCAUUCAGUUGUCUACUUUAUAAAUAUGCCUGAGGUGUAAGAUGCAGUUCCAUGUCCUGUUCGCUUUUUCAUCAUCUUGAUUUGUGUCAUCUUUCACGUUAGAGGAAUUUGAGGCCUGCAAUGAACAAGCUCGAAUUAGAGCAUGAAUUAGUGAUCGCUGGGUUGCCGUCUGUUAUUA